ACCUCAAAGCUUCUGGACUGGAUCUGGAAUGAUUCUACAUCUAGAGUUGAAUUGUUGAGUAGUUGUUAUGGAUUAUUAGAAUUAUUUUAUAAUAUUAUUGUACUUAAUCAAAUUCUUAUUUGAAUAAGAAUAUUGUAAUAUUCUGCAAGUAAUGGCUUCACCAGCACCAAAAUCACCAGAACAAUCGGACAAAUCGAAGAAAUAUGAUAGACAGUUGAGAUUGUGGGGAGAUCAUGGCCAGGCAGAUUUGGAAACUGCUCAUAUUUGUUUGAUAAAUGCGACUGCUCUGGGCACUGAGAUACUGAAGUCGUUGGUCCUGCCAGGAAUUGGAGCUUUCACAAUUGUUGAUGAAAAAAACGUCUCUGAGGAAGAUAUCGGAGCCAAUUUCUUCUUGGAUGCUAAUCAUAUUGGCAAGUCAAGGGCCAAGGUUGCUACUCAGCUACUCCUCGAGCUCAACCCUGAUGUUAAAGGCGAUUUCGUCGAUGAAAGUCCAAAGCAGAUACUAGAAACAAAUCCGGACUUUUUCAUCGGUCAUACACUUGUGAUUGCCACUGCUGUAUCAGAACGUGUACUAGUGCCGCUAUCGACGCGACUCUGGGAAGCGGGUGUUCCGUUGCUGGUGGCCCGCAGCUAUGGUUUCAUCGGUGCGAUUCGCAUCCAGGUGGAGGAGCACUGUGUGGUCGAGUCGCACCCCGACGACCAGCACCCCGACCUGCGCCUGGACGCGCCCUUCCCCCACCUCAAGCAGUUCGCCACCUCCUUCGACAUGACGCGGCUCGAGCUCAAGGAUCACGCGCGCAUUCCCUACGUUGUGCCGCUCUAUCAGGCGCUGCACGCCUGGAUCGAACAGCACAGCGGCGCGUUCCCCACCACCUCCAAGGACAAGAACGAACUGAGAGAGAUGAUAAAGCAAGGAAAUAAAAACCCAGAUUCUGAAGAACAGAACUUCACCGAAGCAAUUCGUGCCGUGAACUUUGCUGUAAGGAAAACUGUUGUUCCAAAAGAUGUAAAUGAUAUCCUGAAUGACAAUAAAUGUAUUAAUUUAACAUCAAAGAGUAAACCAUUUUGGAUUACAGCCAAAGCUGUUAAGGAUUUUGUUGAUAAUGAAGGUAAAGGCCUUUUACCUUUGAGGGGAUCACUGCCUGAUAUGACAUCAGAUACGAACAAUUACGUUAAGCUGCAGCAAAUAUACCAUAAACAAUCGUCAAAGGAUGCUGAAAUAGUAUUUCGACGUGCCCAGCAGCUUCUCUACUCACUGAGUCAACCAAGUGAUAAUAUUAGCGAAUCAUAUGUGAAAAAUUUCUGUAAGCAUGCUUCCAGCAUAGCCAUACAGCGUGGGUCUUGUGUAGCCAGUGAAUAUGAUCAAAAAACGGCCAAUGCUUCCGAAAUAGCAUUGAGCUUAGAACAGCCAGACAGUAUGAUGGUCUAUUAUGUUAUGUUGAGGGCGAUCGACCGAUUCUUCGACGAGUACAAUGCGUAUCCAGGUGAAUUCGAUGAUCAGCUGGAAGUUGAUAUAAUCAAAAUGAAGUCGUGCAUCUCUAAGCUGCUGAGUGAGUGGAGUUGUGGACCGUUAUCAAAAGACGACUACGUACAUGAAAUUUGCAGAUACGGGGGUGCUGAACUUCAUUCAGUAUCUGCAUUCAUAGGUGGAUGUGCUGCUCAGGAAGCCAUUAAAAUAAUAACAAAACAAUACAAACCUAUCAAUAACACAUUAAUUUACGACGCAAUCUCAUCCACCACUGCCACGUUUGCCUUCUAAUAUCGCUGUAAUCAUGAACCACGUAAUCCAAUACAACAUUUCGUAAAGUAUAUCAAAUAUACAAGAAUAUGUGAUUAAUUUAUAUUUUUUCCAUGCAAUAAACGUUGUUUCCAAUAAGCUG